UGUCGAAGGUCUCAAGUGAGCAAACGUCACCAUAUCCAACCAUCUGGUGAAGCGGUUACAUCGAUCGAGGACCUCACGCCAGUGCUUGUAGCGUGUACAGUCUGGUUGAUGAAGCUGGAUGUAUUCGUUGAAGCGCGGGACUUUUCUAGCGAGAGCGGGAGAGCAUAAGACCGUCAAAUAGGGAAGUACACGCCCAUUAAUUGAAUGUUGAAACAGGUAGCGGGGAUCAAUUUAUCGUCAAUUAAGACCAUUUAUCGGGUUUGUAUUCCUAUGUCGUUGACUGUUCAUCAAAUUGUUGAGUUUGUCAGAAAUUGAUUCUUGGGAGCAGUCGUCUGUCUAUUUCAAGAACUCUUGGAAUUAAUCGACUUCCUAACACCAGGAUCUUGCAGACGGUCUACAAGGACUUGGCAACACAUACUGAAGACCUGGGUAGGAGGACUGUGGUAGAAAGCGGUAUCUACAAAGUGUCGACUGACAUCAUCAGGGGAUUACAAGCGUUAUGACGACCGAGAAUGAAAGCAUCCUACAGAGGUAUUCUUCCAAUCAGGUGCAAGACCUCCGAGAGGCAUUUCGGUUGUUUGACAAAGAUGGCGACGGGUCGAUCACAACAGAUGAAUUAGGGACAGUGAUGAGGAACCUUGGCCAGUACCCUAAUACCGAUGAGCUUGACAUGAUGCUGAAGGAAAUAGAUAUUGAUGGUGAUGGAACAUUCAGCUUCGAGGAGUUCGUGCAAGUGAUGGCUAACAUGGGGGGAAUCAGCGAACAGUCGGAGGAGGAUGAGGAGGAGGAACUUCGGCAGGCAUUCAGGGUAUUCGACAAGACGGGGUGUGGUUACAUCAGUGCCUCAGACCUCCGCGCCGUCCUACAGUGUAUGGGGGAGGAUCUUACGGAGGAUGAAAUUGAUGAGAUGAUAGCGGAAGUGGACAUUGAUGGAGACGGAAGGAUAGAUUUUGAAGAGUUCAUCGCCUGUAUGUGUGAGGACGGAGAAGACGACAAAAAAGAACAAAACAAAGAGGCUGAUGAGACAAGUUCCAAAUCCUCGGAAUAAUAGAACUGGAUAACACAUAUAUUUUAUAUACCAAUGUGUAAACAUUAUAUCAAAAAGGAUAUCUAAAUGUCGAGAUAUGCUGAGGAACGUCGAUAAUCCGGAAAACCUCAAACGAGAACAUCAUUAUACAGAACAGAUUAUUUCUCCCAUUAUUUUAGUUAAGUCAAUUUCACGAGAAUUGCAAGAAAUUAAUGAAAUAUUUUAAUUCUUUGCGUGGUUCACUUGUUGGUCAUUUUCUACAAGAAUAGAUCAAGUGAAACUGUUAAUCGUGUCUGAGAGUUUGUUCAGGAGCUUAUAACAAUAGAAACAUACAAUUGCAAAAAAUUCAUCCGUUUUAUAAGAUUCAUAGUUUAAUAGUUUUGUGUAAAUCCGCAAAAUAUUGAACCAGCAAAAAGUUUUAAAAUAUGUUUUCCGGAUUAUUGAAGUUCCACUGUAGGUUUAAACAUAUACACGGUACCAGACAGCAUUCUUCUGUGUAGUUUUGUGUACCAUUCAGUAUACUCACUGUGGGAUUUUUCUGCUUGUCUAUUUAUGUAUUGCUACUCUGGUGUGCCAUUUCAGUUGGUGGUAUUAUAACACAAGAAAGCCGUACAUAUUGAACUUAAUGUGUUUUUAUCAAGUAUGUACAUCUUGUGCAAUUGGAAUCUGCUUUAUCCAGAAAUACAUCAUUUUCAUAAUAUCAAUCCUGAAAAUAUGUUAACAAUGUUUAGAAAAUCAAUAUUUUCAGACUAAUGAGGUUCCAUUGUACGCGGUCCCUGUGGGAAGUAUGCGAUAUCAUUGUUAUAAAAGAAACAUGCAUAGGAUAUUUAUUUUGUUAUAUUAAAUGUCGUAUUCCAAAAUUUGUUUUUCUAUUUAUCAUAAUUGUUCCCAUUCCAUUACUUCUACAUCUAUAAGUGCUUACAACUUCAAUCUGCGACAAACAUAUUUUUUGUUUGUAAUACUUUAAGUGGAUUUAAUUGUUACAUCUGUUACGCUGUGUUUUAGCUAAAACGACAGUUUAGGUAGAGAGUCCAACCAUCGAGAAAGUGUACAUAGGCCGAAGAAAGUUAUAUCCCUGUUACCUUCAGGUAAUUCACUGUAUUUCCAUGCGAAAGCAAUAGAGGAUCAAAGUCAGAAAAAAGACUGAACUAUCAACAAAAUAUACAGCGCACUGGGACUCUCUAUCUUAACUACUCAAUUUACUGCAGAUCACUUAUUUGCGAAUAGAUGUUUUUGCAAAUACGUUUUAACGAAUAAUUGCUGGAAUUUGAAAUCAAUUCGCGAUAGGUAUAUUUACAAAGUUAUCGUAAUGUAAUAGAUAUGUACAUCCUUUGUUUAAAUAUCAUCUAACAUACGCCAGAUAUCAUAAUUUACAUCCGACUAUUCUUGCGAUUAACGCAAAAACAUAUUUCUCGCUAAAAUAAGUUUAUCUGCAGUAUCAUAUCUGUUAACUUUAAUGGUUGUUAUACUAUAAGAGGGGAUAAUAUAUGAUAUCUUCAAAGAUCAAUCAUUACCAUAUGUCUUCUGCUAUUAAACAUAAUAUAUG